AACGUUUAAAAAAUUCACCACCGUCCACGAGUCUUCAAUGUUCUUAAGCCACCACCACCGUCCAUUACUCCGCCGUGGCCAUGAACCCACCACCGUCCACCCCCACGGCCAAUUUAAAAAUUUCUCACAAAGUGAACACAUCCACAAAGAAGCAAAAAAGUGACUUUGCAUCAAGUACAAUUUGACUUUAGCCACGUAUAAACUUAUAUAAAUUAACCGCAAAAUUUCCCCACCUUAAGAUUCAAGACGACAGUUUUCUUGUUUACAGAGUAUUUGUUUAUUCGAAAUCCUUGGAAUAUUACGAAAAUUCCUAAACAUUUGUCGAAACACCGUAAAGGCCUUUUUGAUUUAUCCAUUUUUAGUUCCCAUUUAACUAUUUAACUACCAACAAGAGAAGAGAACCAAGGCCAGAACUGUAAUUAUGCAGCCUUCAACAGUGACGAAAGAACCCACAAAUGCUUUUCGCUUUGUAUCCGAAUUAGGUUCUUUUGUGCUUAAUAAUUCGAGGCUCAAUCGAGAUGGGAACUCAUCAUUUUUAACGAACUACUUGUAUUUUGAUGCAAGAAGGGAGCCAAAGGCUUUGGCUUCUUUGAGUUUGAGCACCAAAGGUUCUGCCUUUAGGUUCAGAAGAGCGUUGAAUCAGUUUAACAGAGCUAUUAAGUUCCACAGUGAGAGAAUUCCACUUGGUUUUGCUGAGUCCCCGGUUAAUUCUGAGGAGAAUAAUGGGUAUAGAAAUGAUGGGAAUGGGGUUUUGGAGAAUUCGGAGGAAGUCCCGGUUAGUGGUGAUUCUAAAUGUCCUAAGAAGGUUUUGAUUUUGAUGAGCGACACAGGUGGCGGUCACAGGGCUUCAGCCGAGGCCAUUAAGGCUGCUUUUCGUGAAGAGUAUGGAGAUGAGUAUCAGGUGUUCGUUACUGAUUUGUGGACGGAUCAUACGCCAUGGCCAUUUAACCAACUGCCGAAAAGUUAUAACUUCCUUGUGAAACAUGGAACUCUGUGGAAGAUGACAUACUAUGCUUCAGCACCACGAGUAAUUCAUCAAUCCAAUUUUGCUGCCACAUCAACUUUUAUUGCUCGAGAUGUUGCUAGAGGAUUGAUGAAAUACCGGCCAGACAUUAUUAUCAGUGUCCAUCCUUUGAUGCAACAUGUUCCACUUCGUAUCUUGAGGGCUAAGGGUCUCUUGAAGAAGAUAGUUUUUACCACAGUUGUAACGGACUUGUCCACUUGUCAUCCUACAUGGUUUCAUAAGCUUGUAACAAGAUGCUAUAGCCCAUCAGAAGAGGUAGCGAUACGAGCACUAAAGGCUGGUCUUCAGCCUUCUCAAAUUAAAGUUUAUGGCCUUCCUGUACGGCCUUCCUUUGUGAAGCCUGUUCGUCCCAAGAAUGUAUUGAGGAAGGAACUGGGAAUGGAUGAAUACCUUCCUGCUGUUUUACUAAUGGGUGGUGGAGAAGGCAUGGGUCCCAUUGAGGCUACUGCAAGAGCACUCGGUGAUGCAUUGUACGAUGAGGCUAACAAGAAACCAAUUGGUCAGGUUCUUGUGAUUUGUGGCCACAAUAAAAAGCUCGCCAACAAGUUGCAAUCUGUCAACUGGAAGAUUCCCGUGCAGGUUAAGGGCUUUGUCGCGAGAAUGGAGGAGAGCAUGGGUGCUUGCGAUUGCAUUAUAACCAAGGCUGGCCCAGGAACUAUUGCGGAAGCAAUGAUUCGAGGGCUUCCUAUAAUUCUAAACGGUUACAUUGCUGGUCAGGAAGCUGGGAACGUGCCAUAUGUCGUCCAAAAUGGAUGCGGGAAAUUUUCGAAGUCUCCAAAAGAGAUAGCUAAUAUCGUUUUUCAAUGGUUCGGUCCAAAACAAGACGAGCUCAAAGCCAUAUCGCAAAAUGCAUCGAGGCUUGCAAGGCCAGAUGCUGUAUUUAGAAUUGUACAUGAUCUUCAUGAAUUGCUCAGACACAGAAACUUUGUACCCCCACAGAAUGAUCAAGAAGAGUAA